CCAACCCUUUCGCAGCAUGGCCUCAACAUCACCUCCCCCCGUCCAGAUGGGCCCCUCGUCCUUCCAUCCCACCCUCUCCCUCUCUCUACCCUCGUCUUUCUUGUCCCCACCAUCCGCCUCGUCCUCCUCCUCUCAUCCUUGCCAACCCCACCUUCUCCUCUCCCUACCUCCCUCACUCUUCCUCGACCCUUGGCACCCAACGACUUCCACUUUCCAGCUCGUGUCCAAGGUAGAGCAAAUCAACUACCUCUCCGCUGGCUCAGAAGGAAAUGUGGAGCUGGAGAAGGCCGUCGGCUGGAUCAAAGCGGGCGAAGCAAAGAGGAGAGGUUCAGUAGCUGCCCGUGAAGCAGAGGAAGCUGCAAUGCGCGAGGAGCCAGUGGAGGCAAAGUUAGAACAGACGGAGGUGAGAUUCAUCGCAGGUGAAGGAUAUGUCACGAGAACUCUUUCGGCCGAUGAGCAUCGUGCUACCGAGGUAGUAUCGCUUCCAAAGGAAGGGACGGAAAGUUCUGCCUCGUCAGGAUCCUCAAGAAAGAAGACUGCGCCUAACCGCGAAAACGAGGCUAUCCUAAUCAAAUUAGCGUCGCGGUCGAGCAGCGAAAGCACCUCAGCAACACCCUCGCCAAUCACCAUCGAGAUGCCGUUGCAUGCGCGCUAUCUCCCGCCGGUGGACAGCAGCUCUUCCUCAAAGCGCAGCAGCCUCCUCUCCCACCUCCUUCCCGGCGGACACGAAGGCAACUACCAGUCCAUCGCCCCCUCAUCCAUCGAAGCAUUUUGGGUCUGUCCAAGCGGCGCUCUCACUCCCUUGGACGACACACGAGAGGGCGGCGCGAUAUGGGAAAAGGUCCUUCGUCCUUCCAAACUCCUGCCUGCUUCGCACGUCCAUCUAACCUCGCCGCUUAUUGACCUGCUUACGCCGGGUGGAGCGAGCAAGCCUGCUAUUCAUCGAUUGGCAAAUCUCGACUUGAGUCAAGAAGAGGCGACGAUCAAAUUACCAACGGGGGACGCGGCGCUGGCCAGCGAGGCGUUCAUGAUUACGCAAACCGUCCUGGGCCUGUUGGCAGUUUGGAUCUUACUGCGGGUGAAGGGUCUGACGAGUGGGAAGGACUAGGAGUGCUCGAGGGAACUGACCACACUGUAGAAGGCAUGCGCAAUGUCAUCGAUAUCCAUAUU